UUGGUGGCCCGUCGACUGCCUCUAUAAAGGGAGCCUUUGGUUAUCCGCUUCUCCACCAGCUUGGGGUCUCAAAACUUUCGAGAGAUGGCCGAGAUAGCCACGGUAAUUAUCAAGGUUGACCUGCAGUGCUGCACCUGCUCCAGGAAGAUCAAGAAAGCUCUGUGCAAGCUCCAAAAACGGUUCAACAUCCAAUCAAUCGUCUUUGACGAGAAGAAGAACACCGUCACAGUCUCCGGCCCCUUCAACCCUCAGUGCUUCAUCGAGAAGCUUCGCUGCCUCGCAUGCAAGGUGAUCAAAGACGUCCAGAUCAAACCGUGCGUCUUGGAGAGGAUCCGCGUCAUUUCAAGGCGGAGGUAA